GCACAUAUAAAGAGGAGACGCACCCCUCGACACACCACCUCCCUAGUCCCUUCUCCAUUUCACCACCGUCGACGCCGCAGCGAUCUCUCUCCGACCUCCCCUCGACGCGAGAGGGAGAAAGGAAACCCUAGCUCCUUCCCCUCUCUCUCUCUCUCUCUCUCUCUCCACCCAAUCGACGAGCUCGAGAUUUGGAGAGAGUAGUGAAUUUUUGGGUUCUAAAUAUGGUGGCCGCGCUCCGCCUUGGUGUCCGAGCUCACUGUGUUGGGCUUAGAAGGGAAUCGAUUGCUUCCUUUGCAUUGCUCGAGAGGUCGCGGAGUGUGACGGGAUUUGAUUCAUCUGUUGAGCUCGUAGGCAGGAGAUGGGUGGUGGAGAGGGGAAAGAGGAGUGGAUUAAGGGUGAGAUGUGAGGGGCGGGCCGUAGCUGUUACAGAAAGGAAGGUUGAGACCACGAAGCAACGCGCCGACGAGAAUGUGUCGGAUGAGCAACUGACGGUCGUGAUGAAGUUCGGAGGGUCGUCGGUAGCGUCGGCGGAUAGGAUGAAGGAGGUUGCCAACCUCAUCCUGAACUUUCCGGAAGAAAGGCCUGUGGUUGUUCUUUCGGCCAUGGGGAAGACGACGAACAAUCUUUUAAUGGCUGGGGAAAAAGCAGUUAGCUGUGGUGUAUCGAAUGUAGCAGAGAUCGCAGAGUUGAGCAUUAUUAGAGAAUUGCAUAAUAGGUGUGUGUUCGUAAAUUCCUUUUCAUUAUAUAACUCUUUGCUAGCAGUAGAUUUGCUCUUGAACGUGACUUGGUUUUGUUUUGUUACUAUGUUCAGUACAGUCGAUGAACUUGGAAUUGAUAGAUCUACUAUUGCAGCAUUAUUAGAUGAACUGGAGCAACUUUUGAAAGGCAUUGCAAUGAUGAAAGAGAUGACCCUUCGUACAAGAGACUAUUUGGUUUCCUUUGGUGAAUGCAUGUCUACGAGAAUUUUUGCAGCAUACUUGAACAAAAUUGGUAUAAAAGCACGACAGUAUGAUGCAUUUGAUAUUGGAUUCAUAACCACAGAUGACUUUACAAAUGCCGAUAUCUUGGAAGCAACUUAUCCAGCCGUAGCAAAGAGGUUGCAUGAAGACUGGAUUAAUGAUCCUGCAAUCCCUAUUGUCACUGGAUUUCUUGGAAAGGGUUGGAAAUCCUGUGCGGUGACAACUUUAGGAAGGGGCGGCAGUGAUUUGACAGCUACAACAAUUGGCAAAGCUUUGGGCUUACAAGAAAUACAGGUCUGGAAGGAUGUUGAUGGUGUUUUGACAUGUGAUCCUAAGAUUUGUCCGCAGGCAGAACCUGUUCCUCAUUUGACGUUUGAGGAAGCGGCUGAGCUGGCAUAUUUUGGUGCACAGGUUUUGCAUCCCCAGUCGAUGAGGCCGGCUAGAGAAGGUGAUAUACCUGUUAGGGUCAAGAACUCAUACAACCCUAAGGCUCCUGGUACUGUCAUCACUAAAACAAGAGACAUGAGAAAGGCUGUAUUAACCAGCAUUGUUUUGAAAUCAAAUAUCACCAUGUUGGAUAUCGUGAGCACUCGGAUGCUAGGGCAGUUUGGUUUCCUAGCAAAGGUUUUCUCUAUAUUUGAAGACCUGGGUAUAUCUGUCGAUUGCGUAGCCACCAGUGAAGUGAGUAUCUCACUAACACUGGACCCUUCAAAAAUUUGGAGCAGAGAAUUAAUUCAGCAGGCAAGCGAAUUGGAUCAUCUUGUAGAAGAGCUUGAGAAGAUAGCGGUCGUUCAUCUUCUUCAGCAAAGAUCGAUAAUCUCUCUCAUAGGAAAUGUGCAACGGUCAUCAUUGAUCCUUGAAAAGGCAUUUAGCGUUCUCCGAAGCAAUGGAGUGAAUGUUCAGAUGAUCUCCCAAGGAGCUUCUAAGGUAAAUAUUUCACUGGUCGUUCACGACAGCGAGGCAAAGCAGUGCGUGCGAGCGCUCCAUUCAGCUUUCUUCGAGAACGGAAACAAGUUGCCAUACGAAAACUAACGCAUACCGAGAAAUAGCAUAUCAGAGUAUGGCUCUAACUCGCAAAGUUAAAUAAGAGUACCCUCAAUUUUUUAGCCCCUCACAGGUUGCCCAUUAACUUACAAUAAUAUGCCUCUCUAAGUCUUUGCCAAAUCUCCACAGUAUCCUCUAGCUUUUAACAAUUUCCACCUUUGGCCCCAUCAUUGUUUGAUACAUUUGUUCCACUAAUGUGAAAGUUGGGGCUGACCUGUUCUUCAAGUGUAACAUCAUUUCUUCCUCCACUUCAAAUUUUCUAGUGGUUGAGAAUUUUUUCUUUUCUUUCUUCUUUUGAUUGACGCCUUUUUAAACUUUAAAUCGUUCUUAA